AAUUAAAGUGUUUUUCAGAGAUUUGACAUUUAUUAGUGACAGCCUAUAACAGAUGCAAAAUCAUACUGGACAUCCUAUGUCAAUGAUGGGACCAGGAGGACCAGGGAAUGGACCUUCUAUGUCAGGACCAACAAUGUCAAUGGCAGGAGGUGGACCCAUGAUGUCAGGCCCACCUAUGUCUGGAAGUGGACCUGUAAUAUCAGGACCUGGUGGACCUCCUAUGUCAAUGAUGUCAGGUCCAGGAAAUGGACCACCAAUGUCUAUGAUGACUGGACCUGGAAAUGGACCUAUGCAUAUGGGUGGACCUGGAAAUGGACCCAUGCAGAUGAUGGGUCAUGGAAAUGGACCAAUGUCAAUGGUAGGUCCUGGAAAUGCACCGAUGCAAAUGUCAGGACCAAUGCAGAUGUCUGGCCCAAAUGGACCAAUGCAAAUGACAGGCCCAAAUGGACCAAUGCAGAUGUCGGGUCCAAAUGGACCAAUGCAGAUGUCAGGUCCAAACGGACAAAUGCAGAUGUCAGGUCCUGGUGGAAACAUGCCAGACCCUAGAUCUGCUCAUCCAAUGUCAAGUCCUAGAGGUGGACCAAUGCAUAUGGGACCAGGUGGCCCACAUUCCAUUGGGAAAAUUUAUCCACCAAAUCAAUCAAUGGUAUUCAAUCCAGCAAAUCCUAAUGCUCCUCCAAUUUACCCGUGUGGAGUUUGCCAUAAGGAGGUGCAUGAGAAUGACCAAGCAAUUCUUUGUGAAAGUGGUUGUAACUUUUGGUUUCAUCGAAUGUGCGCAGGCUUGACUGAACCUGCUUUUAUCAUGCUAACACAGGAAGUGUAUGCUGAAUGGAGUGUAAUUGAUCAUUUUGGUACAACAGGAGACCAUAUUACAGAAGUCAAUGCUUUUCUUCAAGAUAACAAGCUCAUUAUUUCUAAUGAUUGGAAGAAGGGCAAAGCUGUUAAGCUGAAGCGCCCUUCCUUUUGUCCGGUAACAAAUUUAACAUCAGAUACCAGUGACAAGUUACCAGAAGACACAGUAAAGCGCGGAAUAGAUUCAGGAGUAGCUCUUGUACUAGAAUCUGCAGAUGAAAAAGUUCUUCUUACCAGACGAGCAAAAACCCUCCGUACAUUUCCCGGCGUUUGGGUCCCUCCUGGUGGACAUUUGGAGGGAAAUGAGACGUUCAUUCAGGCAGGAUUACGGGAAUGUUAUGAAGAAACAGGAAUAAAUCUUUCCCUUCAAAAUUUUACAUCUGAGGAUGUCAAAGUAUUGGCUUUAUGGGAGUCAGUGUACCCGCCAAAGUUGACUCUAGGACCACCGAAACGCCAUCAUAUUGUUGUCUACUUGUACGGGAAAUUGAAACCUGGUUUAGACUCCCACACAGUGAACAAACAAUUGCGACUGGACCCGUCCGAGACGGACGCGUGUGCCUGGUUUGACAAAGAACUGGUAACUUGUAUUACACAGGCUGAUGAAGAAAAAGCGUCAACUUCAGGGAAUAAACAGCAGGGGAAUCAUGACUUCAUAAGAGGCCAUGUUUUUGAUAACCAACAAAUUGAAACAGACAUUCCUUUAGCACCACUGUUAAGGGUGUCUGGUACAGACACAGAUCACGAGAGAGUCAGUACUGGUACAAAGUUUGCUUUAGAGGAAUGGAUCAAACAGAUAUCUGCUUGAAAUUUACCUCUUUGAAAAAAAAUAUUUAUAUGUUGUUAUUUUUAUGAACAGUUAAUAGAUAUUUAAUAAAUUAUAUAACUGUGAUUAUCUGAA